GCUGCGUCUGCGCAGAAAGCUGGCGGGGGGGUGGGGGGAGGAACAUGGCGCAAGCUCUGUCUGAGGAGGAGUUUCAGCGGAUGCAGGCUCAGCUCCUGGAACUCCGGACAAACAACUACCAGCUUUCAGAUGAACUACGCAAGAAUGGUGUUGAACUCACCAGUCUUCGACAGAAGGUCGCCUACUUGGAUAAGGAGUUCAGCAAAGCUCAGAAGGCACUGAGCAAGAGCAAGAAAGCUCAGGAAGUCGAGGUAUUGCUGAGUGAAAAUGAGAUGCUGCAGGCAAAGCUGCACAGCCAGGAGGAGGACUUCCGUUUGCAGAACAGCACGCUAAUGGCCGAGUUCAGCAAGCUCUGCAGCCAGAUGGAACAGCUGGAGCGAGAGAACCAGCAACUGAAGGAGGGGGCUGCAGGAGCAGGGGUUGCCCAAGCUGGGCCCCUCGUGGAUGGGGAGCUGCUGAGGCUGCAGGCUGAAAACACAGCCUUGCAGAAGAACGUGGCAGCCCUGCAGGAACGCUACGGGAAAGAAGCUGGGAAGUCCUUAGCUGUCAGUGAGGGCCAGGGGGACCCCCCAGGGGGUCCAGCCCCCACCGUCCUGGCCCCCAUGCCGUUGGCAGAGGUGGAGCUGAAAUGGGAAAUGGAGAAAGAGGAGAAGAGAUUGCUCUGGGAGCAGCUGCAAGGCUUAGAGAGCUCAAAGCAGGCCGAAACAUCCAGGCUGCAGGAGGAACUUGCUAAGCUCUCCGAGAAACUGAAAAAGAAACAAGAAAGUUUUUGCCGUCUGCAGACAGAAAAGGAGACUCUAUUUAAUGACAGCAGGAACAAGAUUGAGGAAUUACAACAACGGAAGGAAGCUGAUCACAAAGCCCAGUUGGCUCGAACCCAGAAGCUGCAGCAGGAACUUGAGGCUGCAAAUCAGAGCUUGGCAGAGCUGAGAGAUCAGCGGCAAGGGGAACGCCUGGAACAUGCGGCAGCUUUGCGGGCCCUACAAGAUCAGGUAUCCAUCCAGAGUGCAGAUGCACAGGAACAAGUGGAAGGGCUUUUGGCUGAGAACAAUGCCUUGAGGACUAGCCUGGCUGCCCUGGAGCAGAUCCAAACAGCAAAGACCCAAGAACUGAAUAUGCUCCGGGAACAGACCACUGGGCUGGCAGCUGAGUUGCAGCAGCGGCAGGCUGAGUACGAGGACCUUAUGGGACAGAAAGAUGACCUCAACUCCCAGCUCCAGGAGUCAUUACGGGCCAAUAGUCGGCUGCUGGAACAACUUCAAGAAAUAGGGCAGGAGAAGGAGCAGUUGACCCAGGAACUACAGGAAGCUCGGAAGAGUGCUGAGAAGCGGAAGGCCAUGCUGGAUGAGCUAGCAAUGGAGACGCUGCAAGAGAAGUCCCAGCACAAGGAAGAGCUGGGAGCAGUUCGUCUACGGCAUGAGAAGGAGGUGCUAGGGGUGCGUGCCCGCUAUGAGCGUGAGCUCCGAGAGCUGCAUGAAGACAAGAAGCGUCAGGAGGAGGAGCUCCGUGGGCAGAUCCGGGAGGAGAAGGCCCGGACACGGGAGCUGGAGACUCUCCAGCAGACAGUGGAAGAACUUCAAGCUCAGGUACACUCCAUGGAUGGAGCCAAGGGCUGGUUUGAACGGCGCUUGAAAGAAGCCGAGGAAUCCCUGCAGCAGCAGCAGCAGGAACAAGAGGAAGCCCUCAAGCAGUGUCGGGAGCAGCAUGCUGCCGAGCUGAAGGACAAGGAGGAGGAGCUACAGGAUGUGCGGGAUCAGCUCGAGCAGGCCCAGGAGGAGCGGGACUGCCACCUGAAGACCAUUAGCAGCCUGAAGCAGGAAGUGAAGGACACAGCGGAUGGGCAGAGGAUCCUGGAGAAGAAGGGCAGUGCUGCGCUCAAGGACCUCAAGCGGCAACUGCAUUUGGAGCGGAAACGGGCAGAUAAGCUGCAGGAGCGGCUGCAGGACAUCCUCACUAAUAGCAAGAGCCGCUCAGGCCUUGAGGAGCUGGUUCUCUCAGAGAUGAACUCACCAAGCCGGACCCAGACAGGGGACAGCAGUAGCAUCUCCUCCUUCAGCUACCGGGAGAUCUUGCGGGAAAAGGAGAGCUCGGCUGUUCCAGCCAGGUCUUUAUCCAGCAGCCCUCAGGCCCAGCCCCCUCGGCCAGCAGAGCUGUCAGAUGAGGAAGUGGCUGAGCUCUUUCAGCGGCUGGCAGAGACACAGCAGGAGAAAUGGAUGCUGGAGGAGAAGGUGAAGCACCUGGAGGUGAGCAGUGCUUCCAUGGCAGAGGACCUCUGCCGGAAGAGCGCCAUCAUUGAGACCUACGUCAUGGACAGCCGGAUCGAUGUGUCUGUGGCAGCAGGCCACACAGACCGCAGCGGGCUGGGCAGCGUCCUGAGAGACCUAGUGAAGCCAGGCGACGAGAACCUUCGGGAGAUGAACAAGAAGCUGCAGAACAUGCUGGAGGAGCAGCUCACCAAGAAUAUGCACUUGCACAAGGACAUGGAAGUUCUGUCCCAGGAAAUUGUGCGGCUCAGCAAGGAGUGCGUGGGGCCUCCUGACCCAGACCUAGAGCCAGGAGAAACCAGCUAAAGACCUGCAGGCUGCACCCACCUCCUCCCCCUCCUACCCCCUAGGAUGCCAUUCCCUUGGGCUGUGGUGGGGAAAUGAGGGCUGAAGCCAAAAUCAAAUAGCUUGGGAGACUGGACAUUAAAGGGACUAGAGGCCUGAUGGUUAGUGUUAAUGAUCCUGUCUUAGGGCAGAGGCCACCAGGGAGUGGGGAUCCUGAAGGAAGGGGCAGGGAUUUCUCCUUCUUCUUGGUCCUGGCUCCCAAGGGCUUCUGUCUUCAUCUCUGCAUGAGCUCUCCUUCCCAGAGACCAACUCUUUUUUAUUUUAUUUUAUUUUAUUUUUUAAUUUAUGUCUGGAGCCUGGCUACUCUGCAUUUGGGAUUGGGGAUGUUGGGUGGGUGUGUGGUCCAUGUUCAGCGUUCUAGCAACACGUGUGUGUGUGUGUGUGUGUGUAAAGGCUGUGCAGCCAAAAUACCAUCUGGCCAGACGGGCCCACCCAC